AUGGAGUAUUUCGAUUUCGAAAGGGCCUCGUCUGCCCAUGGCUCUAAUCAACUAGAUGACGAUGUCGCUUCGAUUGAUAUUGAACUCGACGAAGCCGAAGAACAGGCAGCGAACUUCAACUCGCUGGUUCAUGAUCAGACAUUGGAGUUCUCCAAUGACCCGGUACCGGAGCAGUCCGAAGUGAAUGACGGACAAGCCAUUGACCCCGACGGAGUCUACCCCAUGUUCCGGGCCCAGGAACCAUGCGACUUUUGUCGACGAAUGGGCCUGGACUGUUUUGUUGCAAAACGUGGUAUAAUGAACCAUGGCUGUACUUGCUGUAUCUCGCUUUGGCGUGAAUGCAGUUUUACCCAUGCCAAAACGCCUGGCAAGUUCCUCCAGACAUUGCAUAGCGUGUCAGAGAAUGCCUAUGUCCCUACAGGUAGCCUGACGGGAAAGAAAGCCCUCAAAUCAGUUUCAUACAAGACCAAUGAUCCAGAUGCACGCUCUCAAAAAAGUGGAGCCCGAUUUUCGCGCAAGGCAAUCAACAUCCUGAAGAGCUGGCUCAGAGACCACAACGAGAACCCUUAUCCUACCGAGCAAGAGAGAGAUGACCUGAAGCAACUCACUGGUCUAACCCGGACGCAAAUUUCCAAUUGGUUCGCUAAUGCCAGGCGGCGCGGCAAAGUUCGUGCGUCGCCUGGGACCAGUUCCCCCGUUCCAGGAGCUAUGGACAUCCCCAUGAAGCAAUCCGUCAACGUAUCCCUUAUGACUCCCCUUGAACGUUGGAAGUACUCUCCCCCGAAAACGAACCGGCUACGAUCAGCGAUAUUACCCGUGCCCUGGCCAAUCCUCCAUUCGACCCCUCGCGUCCACACCCGGGCCCAUCGAGUCACGUGA